AUGUGUGUUUAUGGAUACUUGUCCGAAGUCGGAGCGUCGUUGGUGGAUGAGAAACUCAAACUGGGAAUCGUCCCACCUACUGGGGUCGUGGAAUUGGCGGCGCCAACAUUCUACUACGAUCGCAUCGACCGCGCCAAGGCUAGAACCAAGGAACGGAUUCAGUCAAGAUACCCGAAUAUUGGACGCCGAUUCCAUCGUAUCGGAUUACCAGAGAAGACUGGCAGCUUCCAAUUGUUUGUCAAAGGAUAUCAAGAUGCUGCACAUUGGCUGAGAACCUGGGUCAAUCAGCCAGAGACCGCGCCACCGCCGAUCACUCAGAGAGAAUUUCAGUUCUUGUUCGAGAAACUCGUCGCAUUGGAUUAUAUCAUUCGCAACACUGAUCGUGGAAGUGACAACUGGCUUAUCAAGUAUGUCCUUGCCGAUGUGAUUGAUCGCGCACCGGUUCAUAACAACGAGGUUCCAUGCGACCCCGCCAAUGCUAAGCCUCAGGUACCUGGCGACGAGAAGCUCAUCGAUUUGGUCGACUCGGAAACAAUUCCAGACGCACAAUUCGGAUCGCCCAAUCUUCAUGAUCCAGCACCCGCUGAGAUUGAGUGGGCCGACGUUUCGAUUCCAACUGUCGACGUUGCUGCCAUUGAUAACGGAUUGGCGUUCCCGUUCAAACAUCCGGAUGAGUGGAGAGCGUAUCCAUUUGGAUGGGCACUUCUCCCACAGGCUCGUAUUCCAUUUUCUGAUGAGAUUGUCGACUUGCUUCUGCCAAAAUUGGAUGAUACGAAAUGGGUCAGGGAGCUUUGUGAGGAUCUUCGACGUGUCUUCAAGAACGACAAAGGAUUCGACAAGAAAAUCUUUGAGAAGCAAAUGUCGGUGAUGCGUGGACAAAUCUUCAACUUGCGCGAAGCUCUGAUGAAGAAGAAGAGCCCAUACCAACUUAUCCUGAUGCCACCGCAACUGAUGGUUGAAGUCAAACAAAAGAAGAAGAAAUCCAGAAGAUCCCGCAACGCUGAGUACGAAGAGGCCCCCAACUAUGAUUCGGACGUCUCUGGUGUGCACAGCACAUCUGGCCAUGUGGAAACUGAGCAGCCUGGACCUUCCACGUCGACUGCUGCAGCUGCUAGUGGUACUGGGCCAUCGACUUCGUCUGAGGCAGGCGGCGCAUCGAGUGUUGGCUCCAAGUCGUGGCAGGAGACCUAUGAGCAAAAAGUGCAGACGAAGACCCCAUUCUUCCGUUGGUGGUAA